AUGGCUGAAUCUGACCCUGGGGAAAGAAACUGCGACAACAUGCUGAAAAUGCUGUCCGACCUGAAUAAAGACUUGGAAAAGAUAUUGGAAGAGAUGGAGAAAAUCUCAGUGCAAGCCACAUGGAUGGCCUACGACAUGGUGGUGAUACGCACCAACCCCGCCCUGGCAGAGUCCAUGCGCCGGCUGGAGGACGCCUUCCUCAACUGCAAGGAAGAGAUGGAGAAGAACUGGCAAGAGCUGCUCAGUGAGACCAAGCGCACGCAGUAGGCCCCCCACCCCA